UGAGAGAUUUUUGUCCAUUCCCUGGCAGACCUCACUCUACAGACAGUGCCACACACAGAAAGAUGACCCUGCCACUUGCUAAUAGAUGCUCAAGGACACAGAUUAGAAUCUUACCAAUGGCCGGUCCUGAUCCCGAAUGCCAUCGCACGGAAAUGAUUAAGAAAGAAGAAGAACGUCUGAGAGCUUCUGCUCACCAGGAGACAGUCCAUCCGCGGGCGAAGCAGACCCAGCAGGGGCCGAGUGUCCCCUACCAGGACCCCAGCAGUGACGAGGAGGAGGAGGAGGAAGGCAACGAAGCCGUUAAAAACCACGACCCAGGGGAACUCCGAGGUGGCGAGCCCUCCAGAAAGAGGAAAGUGGAGGGGGAAGAGGAAGAGGACGACUGAGGCAGAAAAUGUGCCCUCACUGGAUAUCUUGUUCUCAACAGUUUGUUUUAAAACAAUGAAAUGCCUUGUUUUGACUGAAAUGAAC